CUCGAUCGAACUCCGCUUGGGUGGCGCUCGCGGCGGUUUCGCUGACGUCAGCGGAGGACGCGCGGACGAACGGUGACGAAGGCGGAAGCGGCUCAAGGGCUGGCGUGGAGGCGACCUCCGCUUCCCCCAACUCAGCCGGAAUCAGCGCUGCCAUGGAGCUACAAGAUAAUGAACAAGAAAUGGCAGCUUCUCCUCCUUCAGCCACAUCAGGGAAGUCAAAGCUGGACACAUUAACAAGAGAAGAUCUUAUCAAAUUUUCAAAGAAGCAAAUGAUGCUUUUACAGAAAGUGAAAUCCAGAUGUGCAGAAUUAGAAAAAGAAAUUGAGAAACUAAAAACAACAUCUGUGGCUGGAGGAACUGAUGAUAUUAUUCAGGCACUUACAGAGAAACUGAAUAUGGUUCUUUUGGAAAAAGCAGAAGCCCAGCAGCAGUGUGUAGCUCUGAAAAAAGACCAUGUGAAAAAACAGCAAGAAGCAGAGGCUGCUGUUGCUCAGGAAGAAAUAUGGCAGAAGAAGUUUGCCCAAUUGAAUACCUCUCACCAGAAAGAAAUUGAAAGCCUUAAAAAUGAAGGAUUAAUUGCACAGUCCAAAUUUAAUGAAACUGUAGCCACAUUGCAAAAGGAGCUGCAUAUAGAACUGAAAAAACAAGAACAGCUCACAGAACAGCUUAACUUCCAUACUAAUGAGCAUGAUGAAAUUAGAAGACUACAGGAAGAAGUCCAGCAGACAAAGAUCACUUACGAAGAGCAGAUCUUGAAUCUAAAGAAACAGAUAGAAUUUUCCAAUGCAUCUAAAGAGGAGGAAAUUACCAAACUAAAAAGUACUAUUGAAAGUAAUUCUAGACAGCAUCAAAACAGAAUUGAUGAGUUAGGUGAAGAGCUAGACAAACUGAAAACCUCUCACCAAGAUGAGCUAUCAGAGCUACUGCAAAAACUUGAAGCCUCUGCUAAAUUAUGUGAGGAGGAGCAAAUUAAAGUAGAUAAGCUAAAGCUGGACUUGAUAGAGCAAUACGAGGUAAAAGAGAAAGAGAUGCAGGUUGAAUUGCAUGCUUGUAAGGAGAAAUAUGAGCAGGAAUUGGAAUGCAUAAGGCAGACCUCGACUAAGGAUGAUGAAAAUCAAAAUGAGACUAGAAAUGCUGAAACAGAACCAGAAGUAAUAGAAAAGACUGGGCAUAUGGAUCAAGCUUUCAAAGAAUUGGAAUCUCGGCACAGUAUAUUAAGGGAUGAAUUAACUUAUAUGAACAAUGUUAAAAUGAAACUGGAAUUGGAAGUCCAACAUAUAAAAGAUGAGUAUUUUCAUGAAAAGGAAGAUUUGGAAUUCAAAAUUAAUGAACUGCAACUUUCUAAAGAAGAUCAUUGUUGUGUAAUAGAAAAACUGAAAUCAGAGCUCCAGUCGGCAAAAGAACUAUACGAAAAACACAUAAAAGAGAAUAGCCUCAAAAUUGAGGGUUUAGUAGAAACACACAAAAAAGAAAUAUGUGAACUGAAUCAAGCUAUAACAUCAAGCGCAGAGAAAAAAACCCAGUCACUUAAUAUUAAAAUACAGGACCUCGAAGAACAAUGUCAGAGGCAUAUAGAGGAGAAAGAAGAAGCCAUCGCUAGUUAUGAGAACUUGCGGGAAACACUGGUAACUUUGCAGACUGAAUUGGGGGAAUCAGCUGGGAAGAUAAGCCGAGAAUUUGAAUGUAUGAAGCAACAGCAGGCUUCUGAUGUUGAUGAAUUACAGAAAAAGCUCCGAGCUGCUUUCAAUGAAAGAGAUGUCCUCCGAGAAGAGGUUAGUUCUCUCCGUCAACAAGUAGAACAUUUCUCCUCCCAAAAAAAGGAGGUGGAAGAGCUCGGGCAUAAAAUAGGGACACUUCAAGCAGAGAAUGAGCAACUGCUUUGCUGUCUUCAUCAAAAGGAGUCUGACCUAAAACAAAUGGAAGAGAAAGAAAAUGAACUUUCCUCACAGAAUAGUAGCUUCCAGGACAAAAUGCAAGAUUCAGCUGAGGAAAUAGAAAACCUGCAGAAAAAAUGCAAAACACAACAAGAGACGGUAAUGGAACUUCAGCAAGAAGUUGAAGCUCUUAGCAUAUGCAACCGUCAAUUAAAGGAACAGGCAGAAGAGUUAGGGGAGAGACUGGAAGGCGUUUCUGGAGAAAAAGAAACAAACCAGGAGAAGCUGAUUAAAUUUGAACAACAAAUGGAUGCCAUGGAGCAAAGUAGAACAGGGCUAUUAUCUGAAAUAGAGGCUCUUAAAAGUGAGAACAACAAAUUGAAGGAAGAACAAGAUCAAGCAAGGCAGGAGCUUGACCGCUUGUCAUCUGAAAAAGGAGACUGGAAUCUAUCCAAAGAUAAAGCAGAGAGCUUAGAAGUGAAACUACAUAUGGCCUGUGAAGAAAAAAGCCGUUUGAUUAAAGUACUUGAGGAAGAAAAGGCCUUUAAAUCUCUUGUUGUUAGUCAGCUGCAAAGUCUCCAUGAAAAGAUGGGCUCCAAAUACCCAGAUGAAAACAAAGAAGAAGAUAUUAUUGGCACAUUGCAGGCUGCAAAUGAAUGUUUGGCAAAAAUGAAGCAAGACGAACAGACUCUGAUCUCUCAGAAAGAUGAAAAUAUUAAUCUGCGGCAGGAAUUGCAGAGAGUCCAGGAUGAAAAUGAAGCUCGUUGCUCAGAAUUAAGAUCUCUAUUGGAUGAUUAUGAAAAAGAAAAAUGUCUCUUAAAGGAGGAAUUAGAAGGAGCUUUCUCAGAAAAAGAAGUACUUCAGCUUGACAUCCAAGAGUUGAAACAUACCAGUGAGAAAAUCAGCAAGGAGAACCAAGAUCUUCUAGUUCAUAUAGAAAAUAUUUCUGAACAACAUGCAAAUCAAGAAAACAAAAUGAAAGAGCAGGAAGAAAAAUCGGAAAAAGAACAGAAAAAUCUAAUCUUAAUUUUGGAGCAAAAGGAGACUGAACUGAAAAAUGUGCAAGCUGAACUUUCUUUGCUAAAGGAGUCUGUGGAGAAGUCUUCUGCUGAUCGCGAUCAGCAAUUAUUAGAAACAGAGAAAAUAGUAAAUUUGGAACAACAGCUGAAAGAGAAGGAAGAAAAAACAAAUAAAAUUAAAGCUGUUGCUGUGAAAUUGAGGAAAGAACUGGAUUCUAGCAGGAAAGAGGUACAGUCACUUAGAGAAGAGCUGGAAUUAAUAAAAUCAGAAAAAGAGCAACUCUCUUCUUCAAUGGCAGACAUCAUUCAGGGAGCUGAGAGCUAUAAGAAUCUUUUAUUAGAAUAUGACAAGCAAGCAGAACAACUGGAUUUUCAAAAGACUCGAGCUCGUAAUUUUGAACGUCAGAUUGAUGACCUGACCAAACAGUUGGAGAAUUCAGUUCAGCAGCAAGAACAGUGGCAUUCUGCAAAUGAAGACCUCUUGACUCGUGUUGAGACUCUUCAGACUAAUGUCAAGCUGUUAGAAACCCAACUGCUAGAAAUCCAGAAAGCCAAAGCGAAAGUGGAUAAGGAACUUGAAGCUGAGAAGCUUCUAAAAGAACAAAAAAUGAAGGACCAUGCUAACUCUGUCAGAGAAGUGGAAGAAUUUCAGACAUUACUACAGAAAGAAAAGAAGCAUCUUCAGAAAGCUUUGGAAGAGCUAGAAUUGGCAAAGAAGGAUGCUCACAAAAGUACAUUGAUGGAUAUGGAAAUAGCUGAUUAUGAGCGUUUUGUAAAAGAACUUAAUCAAAACAUUGCCAACAAAAGUAGCAGAAUUGAAGAUCUCGAGCAAGAAAUUAAAAUACAAAACCAGAAGAAAGAAAUUCUAGAGGAAGAAAUCAAAUCCUUACAGAACUCUGUACAGGAGUACGAGGAAAAGAAUGACAAACUCAAGCAAUUACUGGUAAAAACAAAAAAAGAGUUGGCAGACUCAAAACAAGCAGAAAAUGAACUUUUAAGAUUUCAGGCAUCUCUCAAGGGAGAACUAGAAGCCAAUCAGCAACAAAUGGAAGAUUAUAAGAUUCAGCUGUCUGAACUAACUUGCGAAAGACACAAAAUUCAGGAACAUCUGCGGACUUCACUAGAGCAGCAUCAGCGAGUUUUGAGUACUUACCAGCAGAAAGUAGCUGCCCUCCAAGAAGAAUGUAAUGCAGCAAAGGAAGAACAUUCUGCUGUAACCUCUGAAUUUGAAAACUACAAAGUCCGAGUUCAUAAUGUAUUAACAAAAAAUAAAUCUUCACAAUCUGAAACUGAUGUGACCAAACAAGAAAGAGAACAUAUGGAAACAGUAAUAGAACAACUGAAGAUUAAAUUGCAAGAGACACAACGUAAUUUACAAACAAAUGUGGUAGAACUUCAGACUUUGCAGUCUGAACAUGAUGCAUUGUUGGAGAGGCACAAUAAGAUUCUUCAAGAGACCGUAGCAAAGGAAGCAGAACUCCGAGAAAAACUUUGCACAAUACAAUCUGAAAAUGUGGUAAUAAAGUCAGAACAUGCACAGAUUGUGAGUCAGCUGACAGCCCAGAAUGAAGCUCUUCGGAAUAGCUUCCGGGAUCAAGUCAGACAUCUGCAAGAGGAGCACAGAAAGACAGUGGAAACAUUACAACAGCAGUUGUCUAAAGUUGAAGCCCAGCUUUUUCAACUCCAAAGUGAGCCAAGCACCAAAAAUUCUGUUCCUUCCACUCUACCAACCAAAAGUUUGCGAGAAAGAAGGAGCACUGACCUUCCUCUUCUUGACGUGCAUGCUGUAACUAGAGAAGAAGGUGAAGGAAUGGAAACCACAGACGAGUCUGUAUCGUCUGCCAGUACCCAUGUACCAUCCUUGGAACAGCUUCUCAAUACUCCAGAAAUGAAAUUUGAACCUCCACAAUGGGAAGCAGAACUUACAAAACAAGAAUUGGUCCAGAAGUUAAACACAACAUCAAAGAGUGCUGAUCACUUAAGUGGAUUGCUUCGUGAGUCAGAAGCAACCAAUGUCAUCCUAAUGGAACAAAUUAAGCUUCUUAAAAGUGAAAUAAGGCGAUUAGAAAGAAACCAGGGAACGAGAGAAAUCUGUUGCUAAUCUGGAGUAUUUGAAGAAUGUUCUAUUGCAGUUUAUAUUUCUAAAAUCAGGCAGUGAAAGACAGAGACUUCUUCCAGUAUAGACACCAUGUUGCAACUAAGCCCAGAAGAAAAAGGAAAACUUGUCGCAAUUGCUCAAGGUGACGAAGAGACCCUGUCCCAGGCCUCUGGAUGGGCAUCAUAUUUACACAGCUGGUCCGGACUCCGAUGAGUUUUCACUGUUCGGGCAUGCAAAAUCGGCAGCUGCACUGGGAAGAAUUUCAACCACAAAAAUGAAGCAUAUAGCCGGGUAACUCUUGUUUGGGGUUUUCCCACAACUGCCUCAGUUGUUUUUUUGUUUCUUUUUAAGAAAUAACAACAUUCGAAAUGACACUUGUUAAAAGACUUGGAGUAAUAUCUUGUAGUUUCCGUUUCUGACUCCCUUUUUAGGGCAAGUAUGGAGGUUUUCAGUGAACUUUUCUCCUAGCAAGAGCUAUCCUUUUCAUUGACUGGUGAGACAAUUUUGCAUAGCAUAUUUUGUGCGACUGUGUCAUUCAUGAAAAGGAAUAUGUAAGCUUUCACAGAGCAAAAUUCUGUACAUUGCACGCGCACGCACACACACACACACACACACACACACACUCUCCCGGGUUGGAAUUUCUGGCAGUAGCAGGCUUCCAUAAUCUGCUAUCCUCCACAGAAGAUUCAAUACAACUUCUAAAACAUUCAGCCUUGGAAUUCUAUAUGUUGCAGUUCAAACAUCUAGAGGAUAUUAACUUUGGCUGAACUACCACUUGCAUUCCUCCUUUUUAUCUGUCUAGGAGAAGUAUGAUUCAGUUUGGUGAUCUGUGGUAAGCCUAUCAUUGACAGAAAAUGCUGACUAGAGACUCCCUAUGCUGUCUGAAGCUUUAUUUCUUUAGUACCUCAAACUAAAAAGAGAGAGAAGAUUUUGCUGAGCCUUAAAAUGCUUAUUCUUCUAAAUGUGAUUGAAGCUGUUGGGGUUGGGGCAACUUAUUGUUUAAAAAAUACCUCGGUAUCCAGCUGUAUGUGCUGUCAAAUGGGUUACUGCUGGAGUCCAGCACAAGACCAAGAUGGAUUAAGAAACAAUUAUCUUGUCUAUAGGGAAGAAGCUGCUGAUACUAUUGUGCCCUGUGGUAUCUGUGAAUGAAAUCUGAAGUUUUGGAAAUAACUCUUCUUGAGAGAAAUGAUUUAGUGCCUAUUCACCACCCUUCUCCAAUGAAUAUCCUGUAUCUGAAAAUAGUGUAAUUAUUAUAUGGAAGAAGAAAUAUUUAGUUAUUAAGAGAUGACAUUUUAAUGGCAAUGCCAUUUCAGAAAUGCCUAUUCAACAAAAUAUGUUGGUCAUCAUCAAUUUUCAUAGAUGUUCAGAUAUAAGAGUUAAGAGAAAACAUCCCUCGUCAUUGAAGUAUAACAUGAGAAUACAGCCCUUAGCUCUUCUGUCUAGUUCAGCACAUUUCUACCAUAUGCUGUUGUGGCUGUCCAGUUCCACCAUUCUGAAAAUGUUUGGAAAGUGAGCUUAGUUUAAGUAUAUAAAACAUUUCUCUUCAAUAGUAAUAAUUGUGUAACAUUUCUUGAUCAUAUCAGAAGUCUCUUUGCUUAGCCUUGAUAGCACUAAGAGUAAGAGAGAGAAAACUAAGUAUUGUGUCUGUUCAGAUCCCAGCCUUUCUUCACAGGUGAGCCACAACUUUCAUUAUCCGGGUCUCUGCUAAAUGUGUUGGAGGUCCUUUCCCAGAAUUCUUAGCCAAUGUGGUCUCAAAGAAUUGAAAGAGAAUGAGGAGCAAUGAGUAGGGAAGGUUGCUUGAAAUAUUAAAAGUUUGUCACUGAAUGCUCAUUAACCUCCGACACAUUUAGAAGAGACCAGGAUAAUGAAAAAUGUGGCUGACUUGUAAAGAAAGGCUACUUAGCUUUUGUCUCUCCUACUGCCAGUGCUAUCAAGGCUAAGCAAAUAGACUUCUGAUAUGAUCAAGAAAUGUCACACAAUUAUUACUACUGAAAAGAAACAUUUUAUAUGUUAAUGGUGUAACUGGACAGCCACUAUAAAAUGUUAGAAUUGGUUGUGUCUUUUCCUUUUUAAAAAGUGAAUUUCACAAGUCAAUAAUUUGACUUCUCCCCUAUCAUGUACAUUACAUGUUUAAACUGAGAAGGAAAAUUUCUGCACCAUCAUUAAUAGUUUACUAAUGCCAGAAUUAGCAUACCUGUAAACUUGCUACUGAUUAUUUCCUUAUCUGCACACUUUUAUUAAUAGCUGUGACAAUAUGAAAUUGGCCAUUUCAAAUCCUUUUUUUAAUAAUUUCAGACUGUGAAUAAAUUAUACAUAUACUCUGUUUAUACUUUUCACUUUCGGUUGUAUGUUCGACAUAUUAAAAUGCAAAACUUGUAAAUGUAACUUAUUAUCUACAUGCCUUAAAUAUAUUUUACACAACGAAAAAGAUUUUGGGUAAUGUGACAGGGCAGGGAUUCCAAUUAAAAUGAUAGAUGCAAAUUGUGGUAUUUUGUAAAAGUUAAGAGAGAGAGAGAGAUCUGUGACUACUGGAUGGUGCUGGGAGGUGACAGCAUGUGUCAAAACAUGCAAAUGACACAUUGUAGAUAAGGGUCAGAUAUUACAGAGCUAAUUACAUCAUGUCAUUUGCAUGCUGAUGUAAUGACAAAAUACUGUACAUUAUUUGGACAUCAUCAUGGCUAGCAUCAUGGGCAGUGGCUACAACUAUAGGUGAAGGUCUACAUCUAUAAAUCAUCAUCUCAAUGGAGCAGAUAUUUCCAUUGAUACCCUUCUUAAAAGUUAACAUUCUGACAAUGAUGAGAGAGAAGAGGAAUGUAGGGGACUUUGGAACAAAAUCACCCUUGUUCCACCAUAGUACAACUUGCGUGCUUAUUUUUCCAAACACAUAUAUAAACAUUCUGCCAUAACCAGUGCAUUCUCCUUUUACUAAAAAAUAAAAGGCAAUUUUUUUUAAUAAAAGGAGAAUUACACUACUGGAUUUCCCUCCCCUAAUUUUAUUGUAUUUCCUUUAAAAUUUACAUCGUAAUAGAUCUGAGAUUUAUGGCUGAGAAUUGACUACAUUCUUAUUUCAUAAAUAUUAUGGUUCAUCUUUUCUAAUUGAAGGGACUUGAGACUUUUCAAUUUUGUUUUGAGGAAUAUUGCAUUAGUUAAAUCUCAUGACCAAACUGAAAUACUGAUGAGGAUAGCCUUGUUUUCAAAUCUGAAUGUAUUAACAAUGCUGCAAAUUACAAAAGGGGAUAGACAUAUCCAAUGUAGUUUCUCAAAGCCUAGCUACAUGGGUACAUUCCUGUCUGUACUGUAUUCUGUGGAGAAGUCUUGCUUUCUUGUCCUUUCCAGUUUGGCUGAUUUGUCACUGAAGUCUCUAAAGAGUCUUUCUGAGCUCUCUAUAUGUGGUUUCUUUAGAAAACAUUGUUGUAUAUAUAGCCAAACUAUUUGCCUAUUAGCAAGAUAAUACCAGAUGAAACAUAAUUUGAAUGGAUUUAAGCAACCAACAGAGAAAAGUGAUGCCUCAGUGCUUUUUUUAAUUUAAUUGUUAACUGUUUUGGAUUAGCCUCCACAUGUGUUUUCUAUUUCCUGCUGAAGCAAAAGCAUUCAAACUGGAACAGUUCUCUUAGUUUAAGAAGUGUCAUCUGAAUAAAAUAAGUUAAACCUUC